AACCUGGAAGCCUACUAAGUUUGUUGGACUACAUGUUUCUCCUACUGUCUAGCCCAAAUCUGCUUCUCUGCCAUUUUCACCCAUUGGUGCCAUACCUGACUUUUGGAGCGACUGGCCGGAAGCAAUUUAAAACACCAAGAAGUUACUCGCUCAGGAGAAGCCACAAAUUCUGACGUUGGUCAGCGAUGGCCGAAGGGGAAUCGCAGAAACUGCUUCCCAGAUUAAUUCAAGAAGGGAAGCUCCCUCUUCUUAAAGAGGAGAUUGAAAGGGUUGGGGAUGUGAACAAGGACGUGAGGACUCAGCACUUUGGGAGGUCGGGGGACACCCUGCUCCACUACGCGGCCAGGCAUGGCCGGCUGAACAUCCUCAGCUACUUGGUCGAGACCUUAGAUACGGACAUUGAACUGUUUAAUAAUGAUUACAAACAGCCCCUCCACGAAGCGGCCUCCAUGGGUCACAGGGACUGCGUCUUGUACCUGCUGGACAGAGGAGCUGCCGUGGAUUGCUUGAAGAAAGGUGACUGGACUCCCCUAAUGAUGGCUUGUACAAGGAGGAAUGUGGAGGUCAUCCGAGACCUUGUCCAGCAUGGAGCAAACCCCUUGCUGAAGAACAAAGAUGGCUGGAAUUGUUUCCAUAUAGCCAGCCGAGAGGGGGACCCCCAGGUCAUUGGGUACUUAUUGGAUGUCUCUCCUAGCAUCUGGGACACAGAAAGCAAGAUCAAAAGGACUCCUCUACAUACAGCAGCAAUGCACGGGUGCCUGGAAGUCGUGGAACUGCUCCUUGAAAGGUGCCGCUACGAACCAGACAGCAUGGACAAAUGCGGAGUCACUCCCUUUAUGGAUGCAGUACAAAACGGGCACCUCGCUGUCGCCCAGCUGCUUCUAGAAAAACACAAGGCUUGCUACAGCGCCAGGGACCUGCUCGGUGCUCAGCCGUUGCACCAAGCUGCCCUCGCGGCACAAGAUGGCGCCCUCCGGUUCCUGGUUUUGGGUCUGGGCGCCGACGUCAACGCGAGAGCCACCUCCCUCCAGCUCGCUGCGCUGCACUACGCCGCCAAGGAAGGACACGCAGGCACAAUCGAGACGCUUCUCUCUCUUGGCGCAGAUCUGAACGCUAAGGAUGGGAAAAACCGGACCGCCCUGCACAUGGCAUGCGCCGGGCAGCAUGCGGCAUGUGUGCAACUCCUCCUGCAGGCGGGGUUGCGAGAUUCUCCAGACACUGCCGGAACGCAUGCGCAGCAGUUGGUGAAGAAGUCCAGCCUCCUCCAGCUUUUCAAGGAGAUGCACAGAACUGGCUUGUGCCAAGGAGAAUAAAAUAAUUUCAUUCCGG